ACCGUUUCAGCUUGUUGCCCUCCCAUCCGAACACCAUUAAUUUAAGCUUAAUCCUUAAGAACAGCCAUCGCCUUCCAUUCCAACUUAUUCUCUCCAUUGUUUGCAUUCUUUUUUUUCGUUACAAUCUUUUCACUCUUUUAUUUACACACUCAUUACAAUGCAUCUCUCCGCCACUCUCGCCCCCCUCUUCCUCUCCUCAGCGCUGGCGCUGCCCGCCGUCUCCCGCCGCGCUGCUGCGCAGUCGGCCACCACCCUCUGCGGCGACUACGACUACAUCAUCCUGCAGGACACCCCCUGGAUCGUGUACAACAUGCUCUACAAUGCCGCCGAGACGGUCGGUACCCAGUGCACGGGCUACGAGUCGCAGACGACCUCCGCGAACGGCACCAAGGAGGUUGUCUGGAGCAGUGUGACGGACAUCGAAUAUGUGGAGGCGACCAACAAUGUCCCCAAGGGCUACUCCUUCGUUGGCCUCACCGAGAACCUCGAGACCAAAAUCUCGGCCAUCUCCUCCAUUCCGGCCGACUACACCUGGACCAGGACCAACACCACUGCUUUCAAGGGAAACACCUGCUUCGAUUUCAUGACCAACGACGUCAAGGGCGACUCGACCUCCUCCUCCUCGCACGAGCUAAUGCUCUGGCUGCAGUACGAGGGCGGCCAGCUCCCCAUCGGCUGGACCGACGGCGCCGUCGCCACCAUCGACGAUCUGUUCGGCACCUCCUGGAAGCUGUACGAGGGCGUCAACGACGACUCCGGCAUUACCGUCAGCUCGCUGCUCCCGGAUACCCAGUUCGAGGGGUCGUUCGAGGGCGAUCUGCGCGAGUGGCUGAUGGCGAUGGUCAACUUGGGUCGGUUCACGGAGGAGACCUAUGUUAAUGUUGGCAAUGCGGGAACGGAGUUCUUCUAUGGAAACUCGGUUUUAAAUGCUACGCUGGGUCUGCAGAUUGAUCUGGUUUAGAUCUGGGUCGUCCCUGAGCGGUAGUGGUGGUCGUUGUGGGGGAUGGUGGGGAGUUGGGCUGCAAGUACCCGCAUGCGAGUGCCUUAGGCUGGCCUACAGAUAGAUUCGGGGAAGAUCAAUAGAAAAAAUGUAUAUGUAUAUGCAGAAGGUUGAGUUGAAUUACUCCAAAGGGCUGACUGCAGAGUGGGGUACGUAGCCUACAGCACUAGCGGCGGC